CGCAGAAUCUUAGUCCUUGUUACGCAGAGCAGGACUGGUGCUGAGGGAAGUCUAACCCGGUCAGUUCUCAGCUUGAGCGCAGGCAUGGGGACCUUUAGAAGCGCAUGUCUGGACUGUUUUGACAGUAAAGAGCACUGCUAUGAGAUUGGACCCACGAACUUGCUGGAGCGCAAAGGCUCCCUAACCCUCCGCUCUCAGCACAAGAAAUACUCGAAGCCAGUGUUGGUGUAUUCCUGGCACCGUGACAGAGAAGCUUUUCCCAAAGAUUAUGACAUAGAAGGUCCUGAGACAGUGAAAAAACUGUGUAAUUCAACGUAUUGGCGACUUGGGACUGACUGUCCAACCUGUGUAUCAGAAACACAUGAACAGAUGUCCCAAGUUUUUUUAAACAAAGACUUGGUGCAAAAUAAGAAAAAGGCCUUGAUAAACGCGGAAACAAUAUGUCCUGGGAUUUUGGAAAGGGAUCCUGAAUUGCCUCCCACAGGCUUUCGGCAUGUUUUUAUGGGAUCCCCACCAGAUCAGAGAAAACCGUGUGCUUUAACAACAUACUCUGAAGACUAUACUCCACAGUAUAAUUAUCCACCACCUAAUAAAGAUGUCUUUGACUACAACCAGCAGGAAGCAAUUUUAAGAACACAAAACCCACAUUCCCAAAGAGGUGGUGUGGGGCAGGUAGUUUUUGGUCUUUCAGUGGGUUUCGGGUCUGGGAUAAUUUUCAUCGUUUAGGAGGGUUGGUUACAAGUUGUUGUUGUUAAUGGUUAGGAAAAGGGCUAAGCAAAGGAAUAGAGAGUAGAUUAUUGAAUCUGCUUUUAAAAGACAAUUGCUAGUUUUAAAUACUUUACAUUGGAUUGGAUUUUUUUUAAUUUUUAUUUUUAUUUUGCAAUACAAUUCAGUU